AUGACUUUACAAGCCUUGCAUUCCAGCAAGCUUUGGGUCCCUCCCAGUCCCAGUCCCUUGGGCCACAUCCGGCUGAGUCUUUGCCUUGUGGCCCUGCUCCAGAGCAACCACCAUCACUUCCUGGCGACGUAUGCGCUCCGUUGUGCAUCUUUCACCCCGGUGAACCGUGGGACAUCGGGUCGGUCGGCGUGUUCAUCUCUGGGAUAUGAAGAGCAUCAAUCUGUUGUUGUAUCCAAUAUGCUUGCAGUAAGGACCGUUCUGCUGUGCCUGGUGACCACAGCCCUGGGAGGGCGCUGGUGGAUCGAACAACCCGGUGGAAGUUGCAUGAGGUUCUUUCCGCCGUUUAGACAACUCCUGACGAAUCUCUACAAUGCAGUAGGAGGCACUGCAGUCACUCGAUGCACGUGGCAUAUGUGGCAUUAUGGGGCAAGUACCCCAAAGCCACAUUACUGCUACUCCAACUCGGAGGCUGCGGAGAAGCUGCACAAGGGGAAGUUGUCAGGGUAUAAGCGGCAAAGGGAACAAGAGGGCCGUCCCAGGGUUGAAACAUGCGAAGUCUAUGUCGACAAGAAAGGCAAGACAUGCUUCAAAGGAACACCAGCCCUUACUCUCACGGAGCAGUACCCAAUUCCUUUUGGAAGGAAGAUGGUGGAUCUAUACUCUGAGUUCACUGGCACAGCCCGGGGUUGGGUCCAACCGCCUGAUCCAGUGCCCAGUGCCAUGGAGUCCUUCGAGAAAAUGACGGAGGAUGGUGGCUUCAGCCUCGAGAUGGCUGGCUUAGGGGAGGUGUACUUGUACCUCCGUAAAGGGAGGCACCUCAAAAUCCCGAACCAUUGGAGAAAGCAUUUGCCGAAAGAUGGCAAAUUUGGAACCGGUGGGGACCUGAAAUCCGACUGA